AUGGCGACGCAUGGCGCUCGAAGUCACCCAGGAGGAUGUCACCGAGGCGGCGUUCAGGCAACCGGAAUGGAGGCAAGGGUGCAGGCAAAGGCGAGGCGAAAGGCCCACUGCCUGCUCAAGCCGCCGGCCCCGGCACGUGUGCCAAACAGGGUGCCGAAGGUCGAGGCGCCUGCAGCUUCGGCGCUGCCGGCGGCGCCGAAUGUGCCCGCAAUCCUGCUGCCAAAGGGCAGUGCUGGAUCCAGUACGGGCACAGCGGAGCACUCGAUCAUCCAGGCCUUCAUGGAGCAGUGCGCCAAGCAGGAGAACCUGUCCGACGAGCUGCGCGAGCUCAUGGCCAGGGUGGGGGGCUCCAACGUGCAGCAGGAAACCAAGGAGCUCCACCGACUUGUCAAGAACAGGUCGGAGGCCUGUGCAGCUUUGAAUCAGAUCCAAUCGGACCGGGUCUCUUUCGAGGCUGCAUGGGCGAGUUACACCCAGUCGCUGGUUACGCUGCUGCAGGAGCAGUUGGCCAAGCGACAAUCGACGCUCGAGGAGUUGGACAAAGCCCAAUCCGAGUGGACAAACAAGCUGCGCGAGGUCACGGUGCAGAUCAAGCAGACGACCGGUACCGUGGAACAGGGCGCGGACCUCGAGGAGAUCCGCAGCUCAAGCAGCGAGGAGAUGGAGUGCGUCGUGGCCGAGGAAGCAGAGCGGGAAGCCAAAAGGCUUACCAGACAGCGGGAGAUGACGGAAAGUGUGGCCAUCCAGGACUCGCUCCAGUUCACCCUGGACCGGGGCCACGGCCCCUAUGGGCGGCAGCGCAUUCAAUACACCUUGGUUGCGUGGCACAGUUGGCCGCGGCACUUACUCGCGGAACCAGAAUGGAUGUUGUCCGACUUGGCGGCGUUUGCGGCAGCCUCUCAUGAUGAGCCUUUGCGCAGCAUGCAUGUGCUACAAAGCCCUAUGCCAGGUAUUGCCACGCCGCAAAUGGUCGCGACCUCCGUGGAUGUUGUGGACCCAUGGAGGAUCAUACCAGUAGACCUCAGACCCAUCGGAGGGGACAUCUUCUGCCCCCCCCUAGGCCCUGACAUGCCGGCAGAGGAGGUCUAUGCCAGAAUCCGGCCGUUCGUCACCACGAAUGUCGCGGUGCAGCUGCGUGUUGAAGGCCACGGACCUGUGUACCUGCAAGACCAGACAGGUGCAGUCUAUGAUACCCUUCCCGACACACUGGACAACGUGGAUUGGCUGGCAGUGCGGCCCCUUCACAGGACUGCACAGGCGUCCCCUACCUCUGAGGGCACCACGACAACCACGACUGGUGUCGUGGCUGGGCCGGUCCGUGUUUUGGUCGCUCUUGUGACCGGCGCCCAGACUUUGCGUACCCUGCCUGUCGAGUUGGAAGCCUUUGACGCCGCGGUGGCCCUGACACGGCUUGUCAGCGCAGUGGCGCGGAGCCGCGCUUUGCCUCCUGGGGGUUUUGUGCAGCAACUCGCGGCCUAUCCCUCACAGAGCCCAGACGGUGUCCAAUCCAUCCCUUUUGUCCUGGCGUCGGGGCGACCGGGCCUUGUUGCAGUGGCGGUCGACAUAACCACCUGUGGGCAAGGCAUUUACUCUGUGGAGAUCCCCGAGAACACUUGGGCCGAGGACCUACUUUUACUUGGUCAAUGGCAUCCCCUCGCAAGGCAUGAGGCGACCGCUCAGGACAGGGGACUACUUGCAACUGGUGCCCAAUUCCUGCCGAGGCACUCUCACCGUCUCCCCCGCAACAGUUUGGAUGAGGCGGAUCAGGCAGCUGCGCUUGUGGGCGCUCCCUGUGGCAUUCCCUCCUCUCACCCACGGCCAAGGAGGAAUUACCACAGACCUGGCAGAACACGCAGCUAG